UCCUCUCCGGCGACGAUGGCCUGGGCAAACUGGAAUACCACUUGUGCCAGACUCCAGGGUCGUGGUGCAGAUACUUACUGGCUCGAAGCAGGGAAAGGGAGGGUACAGGCCUGCACCGGGUGCAUGCAAAGUGCAAAAUGUUGCCAGAAUGGUGUGAGAAGUAGGCACCUGGUCAUUCCCAAGCUGGCUAAAGCGUGGGAUCGCAGAUGUCUCCAAUGCUGGAAUGUGCAUAGUGGGUUAUGGUGGACAAGGUGUUGUACCUUGAUGACCAGGGAAAUGCUAAUCUCUGUGGCUCUAGGCCAAGUGUUAUCCCUCCUUGUUUGUGGAAUUGGCUUGACCAGCAAGUAUCUGGCAGAAGAUUUCCAUGCCAACACACCAGUCUUCCAGAGUUUCCUCAAUUACAUCCUUCUCUUCUUGGUCUAUACUACAACUCUUGCUGUCAGACAAGGAGAAGAAAACCUCUUGGCAAUUUUACGACGAAGAUGGUGGAAGUAUAUGAUUCUGGGUCUAAUAGACUUGGAAGCCAAUUACCUGGUGGUCAAAGCUUACCAAUACACCACCCUGACCAGCAUCCAGCUCUUGGACUGUUUCGUGAUCCCAGUGGUGAUUUUGCUCUCCUGGUUCUUCCUGUUGAUCCGGUACAAGGCUGUGCAUUUCAUCGGCAUCGUUGUCUGCAUCCUAGGGAUGGGCUGCAUGGUAGGAGCCGAUGUGCUCGUGGGAAGACACCAGGGUGCAGGGGAAAAUAAGCUGGUCGGGGACCUUCUUGUCUUAGGAGGAGCCACACUCUACGGUAUUUCAAAUGUGUGGGAAGAAUACAUUAUCCGGACCUUAAGCCGAGUGGAAUUUCUGGGAAUGAUUGGUCUCUUCGGUGCAUUUUUUAGUGGAAUUCAAUUAGCCAUCAUGGAGCACAAGGAACUGUUGAAGGUGCCCUGGGACUGGCAAAUAGGACUACUAUAUGUGGGCUUCAGUGCCUGCAUGUUUGGUCUCUACAGCUUUAUGCCAGUUGUCAUAAAGAAAACCAGUGCCACCUCCGUCAAUCUUUCUCUGCUCACUGCAGAUUUGUACAGCCUGUUCUGUGGACUGUUUCUUUUCCACUACAAGUUUUCAGGACUUUAUCUCCUGUCUUUCUUCACCAUCCUCAUCGGGCUAGUGCUCUACUCCUCCACCUCCACGUACAUAGCCCAGGACCCCCGAGUGUACAAGCAGUUCCGCAAUCCUUCAGGACCUGUUGUGGACUUACCAAGCACAGCUCAGGUGGAGCCUUCAGUCACCUACACAAGCCUGGGCCAGGAGACUGAAGAGGAGCCCCACAUACGUGUGGCCUAGGAUGAGGCCCACCCUGCCCACUGAGGACAACUCAGAGGCCAAAUAUUUGCCCAUCACUUCUGUAUUAUACAUAGAGAAAGGUAUUUAAUAGGUACAGUCACACAGGUGGACUGUAAGGUAGCUCAUCCUUCAAUAGCUAACGACCACUGGAGACACAGGCUCCAAUCCACCUGACUCAGAGAGAUGCCUGGCUAGUGUGUAUCCUGACCACAUCCCCUACAUUACUUUGAAAAUUUUUGAAUCAGAAGGAGGAUUAUUGUUAUAACGAUUUAUAUUACUAUUGUUACCAUUGUUACACUGUCUUUCAGGAGGAGGUUCUGGACUCCUGAUAGGAUCUAUUGUCAGACUCACAUGUAGUCAACAUAAGUCACUUUUCUAUGGCGAGUCACUUUUUAAGAAUCUUUUUUUUUUUUUUUUUUUUUUUGCACAGAUGACAAUGUGAUGUGUGCCCCAGGAGUUCCCUGGUGAAUUUGCUCAUCCUAGGGACCUACUGGCUAGGGUUUCCUCUGUUACCUGUUGGAUUGCCUGCUCAAUAAUGAUUUUGUGCUGUGACCUUUGUGGGGAGGGGCAACUGAUCAUAAAAUUCUCUAUUCUAGGAAUAGAUAUAAAACAAACAUUUUGGGAUUUUUAUAUUUUAAUCUCUGAUUACUCUAAGCCACUGCCUUUCUAUUGGGCCACAUGACUCAGCUAACCAAGCCCUGUGAUGCAGGGUGAGGACUGUUCCAUUUCUGUGGCUUACAGGAAAUCCUUAAAAUAUUAUCAUUUCUGUUUAGGGUUAUAUAUUGUUUUAAAAUUUUUUCUGCCUCUCCCAACAUCUACUCUUUAGAACCUUUUUUUUUCCUAGAGUUUCUUAGUGAUAAAAUGGAAAUUAAUCAAGACACUGGAAAAGCCAUGGUCCUCUGCCCUCUCAUUUCCUUGAUACCUUUCAAAAGUAUACCAGAAGGGAAACUCUCUCAUAGAGUAUCGCUGGCUAUGCUACCUCCUUAAGUCACAGGUAUGAGUAUAAAGCGUUCUCUGAUGGAAACUCAGUUGCUGUGGCCACUUGGUAGUAGUAAAGAUGGCAACAUUGAAAAGUAUGGCAUUUUGGUCAUGUUUGAUAUCUAUCUAUUAACUGCAUAUGUUGCUACAUUCAUACAGACACAGAGAAUACUGCAAUGUCUUCAUAAGGUUUUUUAUAUGUCACUAGUGUAAUCUAUUGCCCUAAAAAAUGCCUUUUAUGUCCCAAACAAGGGAAUUAAUAAACAGCAGAUAUAAUUGUCAUUUAAAAUAGAUUCUGUGUCAUUGUGGAAGUACUCUUUAUGUUUGGCUGACUUCAAUACCAUUCAAUAGAAUCCUUGAUGGAGUCAUAGAAUUUGCAUAAAAUUUAUGACAUUUGUGACAGUUCAAAUCAAUAUAUUUCAAUCAAGCAAAUGAAGUAAAAUACCAGUGAGAGUCUCUGUAAAGCAGAGACAGAUGAGAAAGUAGAGCUUGAAUGAGGAAACAACAGGCACAAAUCACCCAUGCUGCCCACCAGCACCCAUGUGGCCCUUUCAUAGUCAAGAUCCAUCACAGUUUACUUUGAUAAAUUGUGAGAACCUGUAAAACCUAUAUAACCUAUAAAUAACUUACUUGAAAUAUGUUUCUCAUAAUCUGAAAAGUAUUUUUCCCUGAAAAAUGUGAAUCUUUCUUUAAAGUAUUUUUUAGUUCUGCCCUCAAACAUAGGAAUAAAACCUACCUUCUCUGAUUUCACCUUCAAUUCAGUCACCUCAGAAACAUGGUUCAUUUUAUUUUGGGGGAAGUGGGAAGGUUCACAGUAAAGCUGUGUCACAUGAAAGUCUUACCACCAUCUGCUUUUACUACCUUUUAAGCCAAUUAAAUGCCUUUCUCUGAAUAUUUUGUCCAUUCAGAUAUGAAGAACUUUAAAGACCAUGGUUUUAUUUUUUUUGUUUACAUUCUUUGGUUUGUAAAAUUUGCUUGACUUGUUUAAUUUUAGUAUUUAUUUUAAGACAAAUGUUUUUGUCUUUUGAUUCAUUUUUAUGACACUGAUUUGUUGACACUCAGUAAGCUCUUAUGAGAAACAAGUGGCUGAAAUUAUUUCCAAGUCCACUUAGUGGACUUAGAGUAUUUUUUAAAUUUCAAGUUCAAAAAGCUUUGCAAUCAACUGAUGGCUGAAAGUUGCCAUCUUAACUAUUUUAUAGGAUAUUUUAAUUGACUCCAUUGUAUGGAAACCAAAUAUGAUUGUCAAGAACUGUAUACCUUUUAUCAUCUAGUGUCCUUAUAAUCAAACUUUCAUGUCACUGGGUCCCCUCAGCAAGAGUUCUAAAUUGACCCUCAAAGACAAAAGACAAGACAAAAGGUAGCAAAGAACAAUGUUUUCUUCAGUGUGAAAACAAUGAUCCUUUGGAAGCAGGGUGGGAAAUAGGACUAGGGCAAUGUUAACUGUAGCAGUUUUAGUUUUUGAGAUUUCAUAACCUCAAUAGACACCAGCAAGAAUUUCAGCAUUUCACUCCACCAUCAUUCUCUCCUCAGCGAAUGAGACUAGCAGUUUGUGUAAAAUCUGAUGGGAGGCAAACCACAGCUCUCUUCACCCCUGUUGGAGAUAAGUGGUGCUUCUUAACCCUCCAUGGAAACUUUCACUGGGAGCAGCACUUGCCUUGGUCAGACCUCCCUACAGCUUCAAACUUGAAAUGCACGUAGACCAAGCAAUGGAAGAAUUUGCACCACUGUGCCCCAUGAAAAUGUUUCAAUGUUUAGUUUAGAUAUUACUAACUUGUGCUAUUAACCUUUUGACAAGUAUUGUUUGUUUUGGGUUUAUUUUUAAUUUAUAACUAUUUAGUCUUCCCCAGCUAGCUACCAGUAAGUACAGUUUUUACCCCAUGGGUAGGAUGCUAUCAUCAAACCAUGUAACAGAGCACACAAAAACCUUGACACUGCAAGUGGAAAAUAUGAACCAAAAAAAAAAAAAAAAAAAGAAAUUUAUACCAAUAAGUUAAA